AUGGCCAGAGCUAGACGAGGAAUGCUACUUCAAUGUGAUCCUUCGAUAAAAGCAUUAAUUCUACAGAUCGACGCACAACAUAACGAUAUUAUACUGGAGGAACUUGAUGAUACUCAUUUAUUAGUGGAUCCAACGAAAGUCGAAUUUAUCAAGCACGAGCUGAAUAGAUUACUAUCGAAAAAUAUCUAUAAUCCAACGGAAGAGGAGGAAGAACAAUAA